GUGGAUGGGGUCGAGGUCUUGGCCUUAGCACCACCAGGCUACAUUGUCAACUUUGCCAACCCGCCGCAGCGAUUUGCAACGGAGCAUUAUGUCGUUUUUGCCGUCAUGGGGACGUUGGCGACCGUCGCUCUUGCUCAGAGGCUGUUCACGAAGAUGGUGCUCUCGAAAGGCUUAGGAGUCGAUGAUGGAUUCAUGGUAGCUUCCUGGCUUGUGUCUCUGACUACGCAAGCAUUGCUUACGCAUUCGUUCCACAUUGGUGGCCUGGGAGUGCACAUCUUUGAGAUGCCGCUCGAGCGGUUCGAGGUGUUUCGACAGCUCGCGUACGCCGCUGGCGGCCUGUUCAUGCUCUGCGGCGGCCUUGCCAAGCUCUCCCUGCUGGCGUUCUACCUGCAGCUCUCGCCCGAGCGGUGGUUCCGCGUCGCGGUAUGGACUUGCAUCGCCUGCGUCUCGACCCUCACGUUCGUCAUCACGACGCUGCUCUUCUACCACUGCACACCCGCUCGCGCGUCAUGGGAUGUGCUUACCACGGGCACGUGCGUGGACACGGGCAUCCUGUACAUGGCGACGGCGGUGCAGAACAUUGUCACUGAUAUUGUCAUCUUCCUGUUGCCGAUUCCAAUGGUACUGGGGCUUCAGAUGGGGCGCAGACAGAAGAUUGGGGCGCUGGUUAUUUUCGGAAUCGGCUCCAUUACAAUUGCCACGUCCGCCAUCCGACUGGGCCUCUUGCCCGCGUUGCUCAAACAAGCCGACGUUACAUACGAGGCCGCGCCCCCCAACAUCUGGUCAUUCGUCGAGGUGAAUCUGUUCGUUAUAUGCGGGUCACUGCCUACGCUGCGCAAGUUCUUCAAGCACUUUGCGCCGAGGCUUGUGGGGAGCUACGGCUACAGCAACAGCACCCCUUACGGCCGCAGCGGCGCGUACGGCAAC